CCACUCUGAAUUUCUGUGUCUCUUUUCAGCUUGCUCAACUAACGCCAUGAAUUCCCUCGUUUCUUUGUUUCUUCUCCUCUUAGCUUUUCAAUUAAUUUCAGCUUCACAGUAUUAUCCUGAAACUUCUUCACAAAAGGAAGAGUAUCCUGGAAAUUAUACGGAACAAGGAGAAAAGCAGCCUGAGAAUUACUCUGAGCAGAAAGAAGAGCAGACUGGAAAUUAUUCUGAGCAAAAACAAGAGCUGCCUGGAAAUUAUUCUGAGCAAAACGAAGAGCGCCCUGAAAAUUAUUCAAAGAAAAACAAGGUGCACCUUGGAACUGAUUCAGAUAAAAAAGAUCAGUCUGGAAAUUAUUCUGAGCAAAAAGGAGAGCACCCUGGAAAUUAUUCUAAACAAAAAGAAGAAGAGCAGUCUGAAAAUUACUCGGAACAAAAAGACGAUCAGCCAGGAAAUUAUCCUGAACAGAAAGAAGAAGAGCAGCCCGAAAAUUACUCAAAACAAAAAGAAGAUCAGCCAGGAAACUAUUCUGAACAAAAAGAAGCGGAGCAACUCAAAAAUUAUUCAGAACAGAAACAAUAUCAGACAGGAAAUUAUCCUGAACAAAAAGAAGAAGAGCAGCCCGAAAAUUAUUCAGAACAAAAAGAAGAUAAGCCAGGAAACUAUUCUGCACAAAAAGAAGAAGAAUAUGAUGGAAAUUACAGUAAGGAAAAGGACAGACCUUCCCUCACCAUUCCCACUUUGCUUGAUAACUUGCCUUCAGCGGAUGAUUUGCUAUCUUUUGUUCACUAUCAUCAAAGCUGUCCACAAGCUGAAUCCAUCAUUAACAGAAAAGUUAAUGAAUGGUUUAAGAAAGACUAUAGCCUUGCUGCUAGUCUCCUCAGGUUGCACUUCCAUGAUUGUGCUGUCAGGGGCUGCGACGCUUCCAUUCUUUUGGACCAUGAGGGAAGUGAGAGAAGAGCAGAAGAGAGCAAGAGCCUUAGAGGGUUUGAAGUGAUUGAUGACAUAAAAGCAGAGAUCGAGAAAGAAUGCCCAGAAACAGUCUCUUGUGCUGACAUUCUUACAGCAGCCUCCAGAGAUGCUACUGUUCUUCUUGGUGGUCCGUACUGGGCGGUGCCCUAUGGAAGGAAAGAUGGCAAACUUUCUGUUGACAAGGAAGUUGAAUUAGUGCCAAUGGGACUUGAAAACAUUACCAGUCUCAUUGAAUUCUACCAAUCUAAUGGCCUCAAUAUCCUGGAUUUGGUCGUUCUUUCAGGUGCACAUACAAUUGGCAGGGCCACAUGUGGUUCAAUUCAACAAAGGCUCUACAACUUUGAAGGAACAGGCAAACCAGACCCAUCACUUGAUACUCAAUAUUUGAACUUUUUGACAAGGAAAUGCAGAUGGGCAUCUGAGUAUGUUGAUCUAGAUGGUACAACUCCAACCACCUUUGAUAACGAGUACUAUAAGAAUCUUCAGAAGAAUAUGGGACUCUUAUCUUCAGAUCAAUUACUCUUCUCUGAUCCAAGAACUGCCCCUCUUGUUAAUACAUUUGCUUCUGCACCUCAAGUUUUCUAUCACCAGUUUGGUGUUUCCAUGGCAAAGCUUGGCAACAUUCUUGUCCCUUCUCUUCUAGAUGAUGGCGAAAUUCGAACUGUUUGCAGCUCUGUUAACUCUGAUCAUUACUAGCUUCAGAUUUUUGUUUGAUCUAAUGGUUAUAUUAAUUGGGUCCAUUUUGUUGUAUGAUUUUCCAAUGUCUUGGUGAUUUCUUUUCCCCUUUAUUCUUUUACUUGGUAAUUCAUAAAAGUGAGGAUGUUUGUUCAACAAUCUGCUGCCACUUCAAAGUUGUUCUG